AUGAAGCAAAUUCAGAAUGUGUCGUGUAUAAAAUUUAAGAAGAAAACGAAGGAAACAAACUACUUAUUAAUAAAGAGAGGUUUCGAUGGUUGCAAGACUUCUUUGGGCUAUGCGAAAGGAGUUCAAUCGAUGUACAUCGAUAUGUACGACUGUUCGUCCAUUGGGUUGCUGUUGCACCAAUUCCUGCAUGUCCUCGGGUUCGUGCACACGCACACGAGGUUUGAUAGGAAUGGACACAUUGCAGUCCGGUGGCGGAACAUCGCGAAGAGCGACUGGGAUAAGUUCCAGAUGUUGAGCGACGAGUUUGUGUCCACUUACGGCACAGUGUAUGACUACAAGAGUGUCAUGCACUGGCCCGCGAAGGCCUACACUAAGAACAGGGGCAUCACUCUGUAUCCCUUCAACUUGACCUACUUGUAUGCAUUGGGACACGCAACCGAACUCAGCGAAGGCGACACUCUGCGGCUCAACAGAAUGUACAAUUGCAAGAGGAAGCGAGGAAUGUAA